GGUGGUUUUCUGCUAAGGCUGCAGCUCAAAGGGAGAGCCGCGGGGACGCGGUUCCUGCGCCGAGGAAAGCGUGGCCCAGGACGCUCCUGCGACCCUGCUGCCAGCCUCACCCGCGCGCCAACCGCAGGAGGCGCUCCUUAACCCUGCGGUACAGUGCACCGUGCAAAGCCGAGGACGCAAGUGCCACACGUGCUCAGGCCUGGCCAUGAGAAGACUCGGGCGAGCUGGUAGUGCACUAGAGGCGAAUUCACUCUUUUGCACAUGAGUUGCCAGGAAACUUUGAUAGUGAGUGUUGCACGGCGGGGGCAGGCUGCCUUUAACGCAGGAGCCAGUGGCAGAACCCCUGGCGGGAAGGAGCCUUGGGCCUAGGGCUCGGGCAGGUCUCCCUGGCCUGCCGGCGGCCUGUUUUCCUAGCCAGAGGAAGAGGCCUGUGCGGCUCACUCCAAGCCUGCGCCGCCUCCAGACAGCAGCCCUCCCUCCGGAUUUGAUGGCACGGCUGCUUCUCCCCUUCCUGAGCAGGGCUGCAGGCCGCAGCCAGGGCCUUUGAGACGUCUCUCUCGGUAGCUUUUCCAAGGCAUUUUCCCGGAGCUUACACACAUUCACUUAGAAGAAGGCUCCAAACGCAGCUUUGGAACGGAUUUCUGGAGCCUGUUGCCACUCGUCAAAGGAACGCUCGUCCUUUUUGGAAGUAGCUUUUUCAGCUGAAAGCUGACUGAGAAAACCUGCUGCAGAUUAACAGGGAAGAGCCCACCGAGCCGCCCUGUGCAGAAGUCAUACGCAGAUUGGUUUUUUAUUUAAUUUUAAUUUUUUUUUAAGGAACUGCAUUGCCACAAAGACACCCGUUAUGGCUGCUGUGUCGAUUUGAAAGGAGAAAAAGGAAGCCCCAGGGAUUUGCCUUUUUAUGUUCACCUGAGAGGAGGGGGCGAACUGUCAUUUUCUUUUUUGUAUGCAAAAAUUCUUGCUGCUUCUUAGAUCAGAAUUCAGGAGGAUUCACUGAAGACUUCAUCUUAAAAAGCCUUAGUCACAUUUUAAUGCAUCGCUGUCACACACUUUUCGGGCUCAGGCAGAUGAGCUGAGCAGGGAGAGAAAAACCUCAUCGGAAUCCUGGGGUCUCAGAAAGUUCAUUUGCUCCUCGGGAGGAACUGGGUCGAGCUUUGGCACCAAUGCGGAACGGGGGGGGAUGGGAAAGUGAAAAAAUCAAAGGUUGGAAGGAAAAAAAUCUGGGAAGGUAGAGAAAGGAAAUUUGAGAAUUGAUUGGCUCCAGUGGCUGUCAGCGGGUGGAUGUCGUUUUUUUUUUUUUUCCUCUCUCCCUUUUUUUUCUCCUACAGGAAGUGAUUUGCAGUGCUCACCGAGCCUUUGUUGAAAGGGGCUCCUCGCACAGUGAGUCAUGCUUUUGCUGAGAGCAGCCCGUGCAGCUGGGCUCGGGCUCCACCAGAGGCAACUAUGACUUUUGCGAGGCAGACGUUCCACCCCGAGCAGCGCGCUCCGGGGCCGGGGCUGCGCGGCCGCCACCGGGCUGGCUUUUGAUGGUGGAGGGAGGGCCCGGUGCGCGGACCCCGCCGUCCCCCCGCAGAAGGCUGUCCCGGGACCUCGGCUCUUCGUCCCGCCCCGGGGCCCGCGGCUCGCCUGCUAUGCGCGGCAGCCCGCGCCGGGGCCGGCAGCAGCGGCGCCCGGGCGGAUGCGGCGAGCCCACGGAGGGGCAUGCUUCCCCGCACCAAGUACAACCGCUUCAGGAAUGACUCGGUGACCUCAGUCGAUGACCUCCUGCACAGCCUGUCGGUGAGCGGCGGCGGCAAGGUCUCGGCGGCGCGCGCGACCCCCGCGGCGGCCCCCUACUUGGUGUCCGGCGAGGCGCUGCGCAAGGCGCCCGACGAUGGGCCCGGCAGCCUGGGCCACCUGCUCCACAAGGUGUCCCACCUGAAACUCUCCAGCUCCGGCCUCCGCGGCCUGUCGUCCGCCGCCCGGGAGCGGGCGGGCGCGCGGCUCUCGGGCAGCUGCAGCGCGCCCAGCCUGGCCGCCCCGGACGGCAGCGCGCCCCCCGCACCCCGCGCCCCGGCCAGCAUGAGCGCGGCCAGGAGGGGCCGGCCGGGCGACGAGCCGCUGCCCAGGCCGCCCCGCGGGGCGCCGCACGCCAGUGACCAGGUGCUGGGGGCCGGAGUCACCUACGUGGUCAAGUACUUGGGGUGCAUUGAAGUUCUGCGCUCAAUGAGGUCACUUGACUUCAGUACGAGAACACAGAUCACCAGGGAAGCCAUCAGCCGUGUUUGCGAAGCAGUGCCCGGUGCCAGAGGAGCCCUCAAGAAGAGAAAGCCUCCAAGCAAAAUGCUUUCCAGCAUCCUGGGAAAGAGCAAUCUCCAGUUUGCAGGGAUGAGCAUCUCUCUGACCAUCUCCACCGCCAGCCUGAACCUGCGAACGCCUGACUCCAAACAGAUCAUCGCCAACCAUCACAUGCAAUCCAUCUCCUUCGCCUCGGGGGGAGACCCGGACACCACAGAUUAUGUUGCCUAUGUAGCAAAGGACCCCGUUAAUCGCAGAGCCUGUCACAUUCUCGAGUGCUGCGAUGGGCUGGCCCAGGAUGUCAUUGGCUCCAUCGGACAAGCCUUUGAGCUCCGGUUUAAGCAAUACUUGCAGUGUCCUUCCAAGAUUCCGGCCCUCCAGGACCGAAUGCAGAGUCUGGAUGAGCCCUGGACAGAAGAGGAGGGAGACGCCCCCGACCACCCCUACUACAACAGCAUCCCCAGCAAGAUGCCUCCUCCAGGCGGGUUUCUCGAUGCUCGACUGAAAACCAGACCCCAGGCUCCCGACACAACCCAAUUUGCAGGGAAGGAGCAAACUUAUUACCAGGGAAGACACUUAGGAGAUGUGUUUGGCGAAGACUGGCAGAAAGCACCCAGCAGGCAAGGGUCCUUCGACGUCUACAGCGCUCUGGAAGGGAAAGCGCCUGUGCCUAUGGUGGGAGAAGGACCCACCUAUGUCAACACCCGGCACAUCCCCCCACAGGCCCGGCCAGCCACGGCCAGCAGUGCCGAGAGCAGCCCACGGAAAGACCUCUUUGACAUGAAGCCUUUCGAAGAUGCUCUCAAGAACCAGGCCUUGGGGCCCGUGCUGAGCAAGGCUGCCUCCGUGGAGUGCAUCAGUCCGGUUUCACCCAGAGCCCCAGAUGCCAAGAUGUUGGAGGAGCUGCAAGCUGAGCCUUGGUACCAGGGGGAGAUGAGCAGGAAGGAGGCAGAGGGGCUGCUGGAGAAAGAUGGAGACUUCCUGGUCAGGAAGAGCACCACCAACCCCGGCUCCUUCGUCCUCACGGGCAUGCACAACGGGCAGGCUAAGCACCUGCUGCUGGUGGACCCCGAAGGCACGAUCCGGACGAAGGACAGGGUCUUCGAUAGCAUCAGCCACCUCAUCGGCCACCACCUGGAGAGCCGCCUGCCCAUCGUCUCGGCGGGGAGCGAGCUCUGCCUGCAGCAGCCGGUGGAGAGGAAGCAGUGAGCCAGUGCAGUGCGGCCUUCCCGACCCCGGGAGCCAGGUCAGGGCCUGGAGUCCUCCAUCUCGGGCCGCAGGACCUGGGGUAGCUGCUCCCAGGUCAGCGCCUUCUCCAGAGGCCCCCGGGGAGGCUGCCAUCAAAUUCAAGUUUCAUAAACUUGCUCCAAUCCCCCAUAUGCAUACAAAGGUGUACAUACCUAUACAUCCUGUACAAAUUAUCCCGCUAUAUUUAUAUUUUUUAAGACCAAGAAAGAUGUAAGACUCAUGUUCCAUGCUGUAUGUUUUUAAUGGAGACAAAAAAGUGUGACCCUAGUUGUCCAGGCAAAAACUGAGCUCAACUGACCUAUCCCGAGGGGACAUUUUAUUACCAUGCAGCCCAUGUCUUACCUGAGAAGCACAACAUCGGGGAAGAGGCAAGGAAGAGGGGACAGUUAACGGGAUGGUGACAGAACCUGAGGUCUGCGGCCCAGAUGACACCUCCCCCUGCACGGCCAGUGCUGGGAUGCGGCUCUGCAGACUGACGGAGCCACCUCCCGUCCUAUGUUGAGGGUGCCCCCUCGUGCCCCGGCGCAGUCCCCUCCUCUGGCAGCCUUGUGACAGAACAGGUGGCGCUGCAGCUUCCCUGGGUCCUGCUGAGCACGGGGCACCUAUCACUCGCAGGACCCCAGUUGCUUAGGGGUCACUGGGGUUGCUUCUGAGGCCAAAGUGGGCACAGUGGAAGCGUUGACCAUCGAGACCUUGGUCACCUACAUGAGGAUGGGUGGACAUCCGAGGAAAGCAUCUGGGCAGUCCUGGGUGUGUGUCUUUGUAGCUGGAGGUUAGUCUUAGGUGGCUUGUGGUCACUGUGGGUCAAGCUGGCCCCAGUCCGUCUACUCCAUGAAUUCAGGAAAAAGCCCACAUAGGGGCUGUAAAGGUGGAGCAGGUGCGCUUCCAGACUCAGACUGGACCCACUGCUGGGUGUGCGCACAUGUGCGAGUAUGUGUAUUCAGGAUGAGGCCCUGAGCGUCAUGCCUUGGAGCCCUGGGACAAGGCCCUGAGUGUCCCUGCGCAGCUUCCCGGUAUCGCCAUGGAUAGCUGACCUCGUGGUCCACUCUGCUCCUGUUUCCAGAUCAGACACUGGUAUUACCCGAUAUUGUUGGGAGGUGGUGGUGGCUACGACUUUUUUAACAUCUGUAGGCCUGUCUUUACAGACACUGCAUUUUAUACUGCAGCUGCAGGGCGCAUCCAUUGGUUGGCAUCUGGUCUCUGUGAGUCCUGCAGCACAGGCAGCUGCGGCUCGUAGAACAGACACUGCACACAGGAGCUGCAGGCAUAAGGCGGAGGCUUUGUUCAGAUCUGGCGAGAUGCGACUCUGCUAGCUGCUCUCGGCAGGCAUGUGCACUCGGUUCCUGCCUUGGAAUGUGGGCCAGACAGGAGGACCCAGGGCUGCUGAUGAAUGAGGACAGGUGCGGCAGGCCCUACACCUCUUUGGAGUUUUUGCCCUUUAGGGUUCCACUGAAUCCACACUGAUGGUGGCGAGUCUUCUAGAAUGUUCUGUGGGAGGUAUAGCCCACCCUGUGCUUCCCAAAUGGUGCUUGAGCAGAGACCCUGGGAGCAGCUGGCCAGGCUCCUGCCCUGUGUUAGCACCCAGGGCGGUGGAGAGUUUGCCGUGCUUUGCUUCCCCACAGAGAGCAUGAUCUGCGGUUACGAUAGCUCCCUCCUCUGAAGGCAGUAUCGAGCAGGAAGGCAAUGUGUGUAUUAAAUACACUGCUGAGACUCAAUUUAGAAAAGUACAGGUGCAGAAGUCAUUUCUUCCUUUCAACAUGUAUGUAGCUUUGACCUCAGAUGCUAAGGUCGGUUACGCCAAGGUAGCACCAAGUGAAAAAGGCUAGUUUUCCUCUCUAGCUAUCAGAGAGGAUUUCCAGUGGAAAUCCUUAGAGGAUCCUUAGAGGAUUUCCAUCGUCUAAGUUUGGUUCCCUUAGAUUUUUUUUCCUGGUACUUGGAUUGAGCCCAGGGCUUUCUCACUGAGUUAUACUCCAGACCUUUUUUAUUUUUUUUAUUUGGAGACAGGGUCUUCCUAUGCCUCUGAGUUGCCCAGGCUGAACUCAAACUUGCAAUCCUCCUGCCUCAGCCUCCCGAAUGCUGGGAUUACAGGUGUGUGGCACUGUGCCCGGUUUCCCUUUUAUUUUUAAAAUGUGCUGGUACGCAAUGAGUUAUCUCUUAUUUAAAGCACCACGCGGUGGGGUGCUUCUGUGAACCUCACACACAGUGGGGAAACUGAGGCUGGCUCCAGGUCAUGCAGUCAGUUGGCAGCAGAACUCUUGUGCUCACUGAGCACUUCCUGAGCUCUUCCUAGUGUGCCGGUCGGGGUUGAGAGGCAAACCCAACAGGGGCCUCCCCCUACCCAGCCUGGGACCCGCUGCCCUCUGCUCUCAUGCUGCAUCUCUGCUGGGCAGGGGUGAGGCUGCCACUCAGCACACCUGGGCAGGGCCAUGCUGUGUGCUGCAUUCAGGCACAGUAGCAGUGUGCCCUCCUGGCUCACCCUGAGCCCUGGAGUGUGCCUCGGCCCCGCUGCUCUCUCCGGGCACCACCACUGUACCCUGCAGCAAUGAAAGGAGGGUCCCCAGUCUUAACACAGUGCAUUCUGUCACGGUGGCCCUGGAGACCUCCGCUCCCUCUAUCUUCCUGGGUGAGAGAGCCUCAAACAUACCUUUGCCCUGCGUGGCCAGAGGGCUCUCUGUGGGUGCUCGCUGUGCUCAGUGAUUCCUGACCACUAGGCCCCCCAAACAGCUCCCUGCAGAGUCAGGUGAGCAGUCUGAUAAGCAGCAGGCCCAGGACUCAGUCUUAAACCUACUCCUGCACUGCCGCAGGCCUUUGUCCAGGUGAAGGACGGAGUGCUGCUUAGCCUUGGGGAGCGGCCUCUCUGUUUGAAGCUGCCUUGGCUUUAAGCAGAGGUAGGUGGACCGAGGCCCAGCUGAGCCGUGGACAGAUCCCCGGGGCUGAGGGAAGAUUGGACAGCUGUGAGUAAAGGCAGAGGGUGGCAAGCAAUGAGAGGAGGAAGGAAGGACAGAUCCAGGACAAGUGGACCCACAUGCAUCCAGGCACUCAGGGUCGUAGCUGACCUAUGUCCAGACUCCUUACCCAUCCGGUGGACAGAGAUGUCCCCAGCUCCCAAGAGGAAGCUCUUCUUCCUGUUUUAUCAGGCACUCAGGCAGUUCCCACCCCCAUUUCCUGGGCACCAGUCCCACCUUCCCUUCCUGUUGGGCUGAGCCGAGCAGAAGCUGGACCACAGUUCCUCCGGGAAUAGCCAGCAGCACAGGACGCCCUGUCCAGCCUCAGGUCCACACACCCAGAGUGAAAUGGCCUCAGACUACUGGCUGGAUUUCCAUGCGCUAUGGAUGCAUGCAGUUCCCACCACAAGGAGAGCUCUGUAUUCACAAAGCAUGCCUCCUCUUCCUCCCUGACUGGCCCAAGGCUGUUUGCCACCCAUUAGACCUCUUCUGUGGAUGGUGGCAUGGCUAGGUUAAAUGUGGACAGGAGGGUUGUAGGAAGAUUGCAAAGCAGAUCAUUGCACCCAGGCAAAGUUUUGCAGGGGGUUUCCGAAUUAACACUCUGGUUCUUGGGGAAGAGUGUUUUCUGAGAACGUAAAGCUGUUGACUCCCAGUCCUGGAGUAUAGACAGAAUUGUCAGCUUCGGACAAGACAGCAAGGAAGGGAAUGUUGCAGCCAGGUGGUCCCCUUUCUCACAUAUGAAACUAGAGCCGGCUGACCUGGCAGAGGAAAGAUGAGGAUGUGGUCCCUGGUGUGACACAGGAAGGCAUGAUCAUCAUGGUUUCUCUCAGGUUUUACCUUCAUGCCCCACUUGAAAAGGCUUAAAGUCCUGAGUCACUCAGCUGGGAGAGGUGGGCACCUGGAGAAGCCGACCCUGAAGAAGAUCUCACCAUGUGUGUGUGUGUGGGGGGGUGAUGAACCCAAGAAAGGGGAAAGGAAGUGACCACAAAGGGUGGCAAGGUCAAGCGGCUUUGCAAGACACAGAUACUAGGGCUGCAUGCUGCUAGGGGUCCCCAGGAGACCAUGCAGGACACAUCUCAGUGGCCACCCAGAGGAGAGGGCAAAAAGUUUACCCAAGGCCACCUCUGGUGGGAGGCUAUUUCUAAGAUAUCUUGGCCGCCCCUGUGGCCACCCCUGUGGCCAACCCCACUGCACACACUGUGCCAGCUGGGAGGUCCUUGGACAAUGGCAGGUGUUCAUUCUCGGUAAACAGACCUGAGAGUCAGGUGACCUGAGCUCCUGGGUGACCUGAGCUCCUGGCCGGUGGGUCUGCAAGGAGACUUUGCCUCUCAAAUGCAUUGCCCAGCUACUACCAGUCAUGAGUCCUGACUUUGAGAAGCCUCUUCAUGAUGGCUUCACCCCUGUGUUUAAAGAUUAAGUUUUUAGGCCACUUCAUGUCAUAGCUCCCGGGGUCCACACUGGGAAUUUAGAAACCGAGGAUUAAUAAGACUUCCAACUCCAUGCAACUGUUGCUAGCAGAUAAAAUGCCAUCUGCCAGCCACAAUUUAUUUAUAAUGGGGUUUAUACAUAUUUAUAAGUUUGAAAGCAACAAAUGCACAGUUUUAAAAAUGACACAUUUUAUAUAACAACCAGAAAAAUUGCACCUUUAUACAGGACUGGUGAAUGUGAACUGCACUUGUAUCUACACACAUACAUGUACCCACACUGAUAAAACCGAUCUGUUUGUGGGCUGCUCCCCCCACUCCUCCCUGGACUUUGCAACAUACAAAGACAACUGGACAAGCAAGCAGUCCUCAAGGGUUUGGGUUGACAGGCACAGGCAGGUGCUUCCACAUGGAGGGGGUUCUGGAAGCUGCAGGAUCUGGGACCCAUAGGAACAGGACACAGGGACAGCAGGGGCACCCACUAGGGGCCAUGACAGAGAGUCAAGGGAAACAGAAGGCAGAGACAGGAGACAAGAAGGAGGAAAGGAAAAACAAGUACAGACUCAGAUCUUAUUUACCCCACCAAGGGCAGCUCCAUGGGAUAGCCUGCACCGCGAAGGGGGCUGCAGUGUGGCUCCCCGAAUGAGCAGUGCGCGGGGUGCAGGGCCUGGGCCCUUCUAACCAGCCUUCUGGGCCUUCUGCGUGAAUCUGUCCAUGUGCAGCAGAAUCUGGCCUGGGCUGCUGGGCUGGUGAAUGUCCAGGUGUGUAAUCCAGCAGGAGGUCAGCAGGCAUGCGCACACACAUGUUGGCGUGUGACAAGCCUUGCAGUGCUGAUACGUCCCAGGUCAACAGGACCAGAAAGAACAGGGCACACAGGUCUGUCCAGGGCCUCUGGGUGGGCUUUGUGCCACAGGGCAUCGUGUGGAAGGUUGGAAGGGGCAGGUGGGGGCGCGGCAGGCUCAGGACCUACCUACUACAGCUGAGUCCACCCUUCUUCCUCCUACUGGCCAGCUCAGAUGCUCCGAGCAGGUGAGCUCAAGUACCUGACUGCACAGGCUUGUUCCCCAGGGCUGAAGAAACGUUCUUGCAGCAGAAAGCAUGAGAAAUAAAGAUCACACAGUUUUAAGAAUCUGAGAUUUCCACAUCUACAGUUGCAGAUGUGGAAAGAGCACCGGGGAGAGACCCUGACGCUUAGAGCUGCUGCAGGAGUGAAUUCACACCCAGGCAGACAUUCUCACCAGGACCAGAGUUUCUGACCACUCAGUUAGCAGAGCAGAAGGGGACAGGCAAAUUCAACUUCCAGCCCUGAGUGUUUCUUUGUGACAAUUACGUGUGUGUUGCCAGUGGAAUGUUCUCUGCUCAUUUGACUUCUGAAUACAGCUUGUUCCAGAAUAUUGUGAAAUUAAGUAUGUGAAUGUUCCUUUGUAUUCAAAAUUAAACAUCUGGCUUGGAAAUUCCCUGGUUAGGAGAUGACUCUAUGUAAAUUUUGUGUGUACUAAUGAGGUAUUUAUUACUUUUUAAAAAGCAUUUGGCUGGCAAAAUCGGUAAAUACUGGUAAAUUAGUAUUAUUUGAAAAUUUUGUUUUGUUUCCAUUAACGUUUGUGAAGUGAAACAAAUGUUGUGCUGGUCUGUGUCUGACAGUGGGACCAACUCACACCUUUCUACUUUGACACUGGAGUGGACUUGGCUUCCUGGACACCCCGAGGAGUGGAAAUAUGAAAUUCACAAGUUUUCUUUAAUGUUUGUACUAUGAGGAAUGAUAAAUCCUGAGAUUUUGCCCAGCAUUCUGGAGAUGAGACAAUAUACCAGGCCAAGAUAUUUGGCUUAAAUUCCCUCCUCACCUUCAGCGAAUCCAUUUCCCUCCUUCAGGAAAUGACGAGAUUUUACUUACGAGCCCUUCCCUGGCCUCCAGGGCACCCUGCGCUCUGGGAAUUGCCGGGUGAAGGUGCCACACAGCACCCCGAGUGUCAUCACUCCGCCUCAGCAGUGCAAGAUGACACGCCUACCUUAGGUAAUGCUGCACUUCUCAUGAACACUGGCUGUGGACAAUGUGCCUUUCUCAUCAGAACAGUGGAUGUGCAUUUCGGAUUGCAUAGCAACCUCUCUGGAUGUUUGACUUAGACACUAAAUACACUUGGGUGUUGAGGUUUUGCACUGUAGGUACAAUUUACAAGCAUGGAACCGGCACUGUACUUAGACAUUUUCUAUAAAACACACCUUGUUACAGCUCUGUGAAAGGCUUUGUACCAGCGCAGAAUAACUAUGGCUCAAGAGUUGGGAGGAAUGAUCAUUUUUUGAACAGUUAAUUGUUUCAAUGGCUCUAUGUGUAUGUCUGCUGGCAAUAAAGGCUACUGUGAAAAGUC